UUCUUCUGUUUUUCAGUUUGUGCAGGAGGCAAAGAGUAAAAACGACAGUGUUCUUCACUUCAGCUCUCCUGCAGUGAACUGCUCUGUGGAGUCCAUCAGGAUUGUGCUGCAGCUAGAUAAUGUGGUGGAGGAGCUCAAGGACUUCAACUAUCACCUGAACCCCACCUUUGACCGACUCAGCAAGAACGUCAUUACAGAGACCAGCAUCAUCAUUGUCACUGGUCGUGGUUUCUCAAAAGCCAUGACAGCCAAAGAGGCGCAAGCUUUUGUUGGUGAUGCUUCCUGUCAUGUCAAUAUACUGCAGGAUGAUAAGUUGAUCCUUGAGGCUCCUUCUACUCAGCCUCGAGCCAAAUCCAAACGCCAACGCAGAGACACAACCAACGACCUGCUCGAACUUGUGGUGAAAUUUGGAGAUGGUGAAUGGUUGGUGGGCUCAGUGUAUUAUGCAAGAAAAGAUGACAUCCCCCUGGCUAUUAUCAUCCCUGCAGUAAUUGUCCCUAUGCUUCUCUUCAUUGCAGUCUCAGUCUACUGCUACAGGAGGAAAAGCCAGCAGGCAGAACGAGAAUAUGAGAAGGUCAAACACCAGUUGGAAAAUCUGGAGGAAAGUGUGCGAGAUCGAUGCAAGAAAGAAUUCACAGAUCUGAUGAUUGAAAUGGAGGACAACACCAGUGAUUUGAGUGAGGCCCGUAUCCCCUUCCUUGACUACAAAACCUACACAGAUCGCACAUUCUUCUUGCCGUCUAAAGAUGGCGCCAACGAUGUCAUGAUCACAGGGAAGAUCCAGAUCCCAGAGAACCGCAAGGCAAUUGUGUCCCAGGCCCUGAACCAGUUUUCUAACCUGCUCAACAGCAAGACUUUUCUCAUCAAUUUCAUCCGCACUCUGGAGAGCCGCCCUGACUUCAAUGCCAGGUCUCGUGGCUAUUUCGCCUCUCUCCUGACGGUGGCGCUGCAUGGAAAAUUGGAGUACUACACUGACAUCAUGCGGACACUGCUGCUGGAGCUAAUGGAUGAACAUGUGCAGAACAAAAACCCCAAACUGAUGCUCAGGAGGUCAGAGACUGUGGUGGAGAGGAUGCUUUGUAAUUGGAUGUCCAUUUGUCUCUAUCAGUUCCUCAGAGAUACUGCAGGAGAGCCAUUGUACAAGCUGUUCAAGGCCUUAAAACACCAAGUGGAGAAGGGGCCAGUGGACGCCAAAUUGAAGAAAGCCAAGUAUACAUUGAAUGAUACAGGGCUGCUGGGUGACGAUGUUGAAUACUCUGUUUUGACAUUGCAAGUGCUGGUGCAUGGAGAGGGACCAGACGUGACUCCUGUGAAAGUGCUGAACUGUGAUACGAUUACACAGGUGAAGGAGAAGAUUAUCGAUCAGGUGUACAGAAACCUUCCCUACUCCCAGAGGCCCAAAGUGGAGAGUGUGGCUCUUGAAUGGCGUCCUGGCUCCACUGGCCAGAUCCUGUCUGACCUUGACCUGACCUCACAGAAAGAAGGGCGCUGGAAGAGACUCAACACUUUGGCUCAUUAUAAUGUUCGAGAUAAUGCCACAUUGGUGCUGUCCAGAGUUUUGCACACACAGGCAUUUCACCAGCACCAGGACAGCUAUGAAGAAAAAAAUUCCCUGUUAGAAGAUGACAACACCUAUCACCUGGUCAGAACACCUGAUGAAAUUGACGAAGGAAAGUCUAAGAGAGGCAGCAUGAAGGAUAAAGCCAUGACCAAAGCCAUUACUGAAAUCUACCUGACCAGGCUUCUAUCUGUUAAGGGUACUCUGCAACAGUUUGUGGACGAUUUCUUCCGUAGUGUGCUCUGUUCUGGUUCAGUUGUCCCACCCGCUGUGAAGUAUUUCUUCGACUUUCUGGAUGAACAAGCACACAGACAUGAUAAUGUUGAUGAGGAGACGUUACAUAUAUGGAAGACCAACAGCUUACCGCUGCGGUUCUGGGUGAACAUUUUGAGGAAUCCCCACUUUGUCUUCGACGUGCACGUGACGGAGGUGGUUGAUGCUUCGCUGCACGUAAUCGCUCAAACUUUUAUGGAUGCCUGCACCAAGUCCGAGCACAAACUUAGCAGAGAGUCUCCAAGCAACAAGCUGCUCUAUGCAAAAGAAAUUUCCACAUAUAAGAAGAUGGUAGAUGACUACUACAAAGGCAUUAGACAGAUGGUUCCUGUAAGUGACCAGGAUAUGAACACACACCUUGCAGAAGUGUCAAGGCAACACACAGACAAGCUGAAUACCCAGGUGGCCUUACAUCACCUCUAUCAGUACGCCAGCAAAUACUACGAUGUGAUCAUUGAGUCACUAGAUGAAGACCCCGCUGCUCAGAAUAGACAGCUCACCCUUCGGCUACAACAGAUCGCAGCUGCUCUUGAGAAUAAAGUCACUGACCUUUGACCUCUGAACUCUUCAAAAAUUUUGAGCAGAGAAACAUAAUCACAAGAUGUCACUUUUGAUGCGCAAUUUUACAGAAAGACUGUAGCUUAAUGAAGCUGGAACGGGUUAAGAUGAAGAUGACUUUUCGUAAGUGAAAAAAGCGCUUACGUCCUCAAUAUGGUUUUUGCAUUAAUUCCAGAACAAUGCAUGGAGGAGACAUGGUGCCUAUGGCCUGUGAGGACAAACUUUGUGGAAGCAAUUCAUUUUAAUGGCAGACUUUUUAAACUAUGUUUUGACAAUGAGGACAUUCACACGCAAAUUUUAAUUUGCCCCAUUAUGAAGACGUGCCCUGUAAGUAUUCAAACAAUAAUGUUAGCAAUCAGACUGGAUAAAGCAUUUUAUGAUAUUCUUCAAUCAAUUUAAAUGGGACAUUUCUUGAAACUUGAUAGAACUGUUUCAAAUUAUGUGUAGUGUAUGAGGUAAAUCCUUAGGUAAAGUGAUAAAUAAUUAUGGUACGUGCCACUUCUGGGUCAAGAGACUUUAUUGGCAAAUGAGUGUAUUCAGGGUACAGCAUAUUUGUAUUUCAUUAUUUCCAUAUCAAAUUGGUUGCAGUUUGAUUAUAUUAAGUUAAGGCACAGAAUUACACUUGACAGGGUAGUUAUAGUAUUCACCAUAAUCCAACUGGGUUUUUGCUUUUAAAGGCAACAUGCCACAAUCAUUUGUGUGAAUAUCAAGUAUAUAUAUUUUUGUUUAUGUUGCUAUUGAACAUUUUACUUGCUGUGAAAACUGUAAGGGCUCUGAGCAGCCAACCAUUUUAAUUGUUAAAUUUAGAUUCUUUUUUAAUCCUUUUACUUUUGCCCAUAAUCUUGAAGCAGCAUUUUCUGUUUCCAGCAGACAUGUGGAAAGUGAAUGAAGUGUCUUUUGAAGACAGUGCUGCCAGACUCUUUAGAGUCUCACAUUAACUGUUCUAUGAAGUGUCUUAUUAGGCACAUUAUGAUCUGUCCAUCAUGGGGUGUGUGCCUGUAACAGUGAACUAAAACUGAAAGUCAAAGGUACAAAGUUAUUAUGAAUAAUUAUAUGUUGGUUUAAAUGGGUUUAAAUGCUGAAUGAAUGACACAUGAAACAAUACACCACAAUCUUUCUUCAAGGUGAUCUCUUCCAUUUUGUUAGUUUUGUCUUUCAUAUUUCAACAUGUUUGUAUGAGUUUUAUCUUGGAAAAUAAGCAGAAACAUACUCUUCUUAAACUUGGUGCAUUUAAUUGGAUAACCAGUGUUUUCCAAACUUUUUUUCUGGGGACCCAUAUUUUAAAAGUCAGAAACCUUCACGACCUAAUUCAAUAUACAUUAUUCGUAAAUCACAAAAUAAAGAUGGAUUUGACCAUUAUUGAUCAUUAAUGAAGAUAUUUUAUAGUUGACUGAGUGGAUCAUGUCUCUCGGAACAAUUAGUAUUACUCAAGUUUUAAACAAUAAUAAACAGUAAUUGAACCAGCAAUAAAAGGUAUUCAUAAGUAGCCUAUUUGGACAUUAAAUGUACCCCUGUAUAUUGCAGACCUACAUGCAGAUCGUGACAAAGCGACCCACAAAAAUCUCUUGCGACCCACCUGAGGGUCCAACCCAGUCUUUGGGAAACACUACUAUAAACUGAUUGCAAUUUCAUAUAAUCAUAUCUAAUCAUCCAAACAACUGUUGUGAGUUCUCUAUUCUUUUCUUCCCAUCAACUACUUUCUGCCUUCUUCCUGUCACCAACAAGUGCCUUAAUAACUUUCAAAAAUAAGAUGCAUAGAAACACCAAAAAUAUUAAUAGAUGCACAAAUUAUAGCAUUUUCCUUGGUAGUGACGUGUUAAAACCAUUCUACACAAACAUCCAGCUAUGUUAAUGUUACAAAACCUGACUUCUUUCAACUUGACAGCUCAAAUUGGUUUCACUUUCUUGUGUAAGUUUGUUUUGGGGGAUUGUGUGGAUUGCUGUCAUUUUUUUCCUGUAAUAAGUGAGAUGCCAAUUAUGAUGCUGCCAGUUUGACACACUAAAACAAAUGCAACCACCACAUUUCCAUAAAACUAAUAACAUGGAACAAAUGUUUCAAAAGAUGCAAGUGUUGUAAGGUCCAUGGUACUGAGCUUAGACUACAGAUAAUUUGAUGAACGAUUCUUUUUGUAAGCAGUUCAAACAUUUUGAAUUGGGGUAUAAAUGUUUGAUAAAUGUUAUACUGAUAUCAAUAUUUGUAAACACACAAUGCUCAUUGGUAGCUUACAAAUCUAGCUCCAAAGGUUUAUACCAUUCUUUACAUUACAUACUGCUUAUCCAAUAAUUAUUCUUGUAAAAAAAAAAAAAAAGUCCAUGUAAGAAGAACAAUUACAAAUCAUUUUGAUUGUUUGUAAAAUUAAAAAUGGAAAAAUUCAGGCUUAAAUAGCUUCCCUGAAUUGAAGCAAUGCCCAUAUCAGUGACUCUUCUGAAGAAGUGGAGAAGUGGGCAAAAUGUAUAGAUUUACAGAUAACCUAUCCAAUAAAUUAUGUUUUUACAAAUGUU